AUGUCCUCGUCGUGCAAACAUCUGAUCUCCGCAUUCCACGAGUGCAUUUUGUACUCGGACUGUGUCGUCAAACAAGGACACCUGCCUUCAGAAUGUGUCCGAGACCAUAGGGACGAGUUGCCGGAGAAGUGCCAGGCGCUGCGGCUAGCCACUUUCGAGUGCAAGAGGGGGAUGUUGGACAUGAGGAAGCGAUUCCGUGGAAACAACGUGGGCCUUCCGCCUCAGGCUGCUGGCAAGCAGACUGCAGCACAGGCUUCGGAAAGCUAG